UUGCUUUGUUGGUCUUUAUACUGCCAGCACCCAGAAUCGUGCCUGACACAUACUAUAAAUAGCAAGAAAAUUCGAGUACAACGCUGUCUGCUAGAAGAGUGCCUUUCUUCUCACAAUCAACGAUCCUCCAGAAGAUGGCCCAGCACUAUUUAUGGAUCUUGCUCCUUUGCCUACAAACCUGUCUGGAAGCAGCUGAAAGCAACACAGACAUCCUCACGGUGAAUGGGAUUCUGGGGGAGACAGUUACUUUCCCUUUAAAUAUCCAAGAUGUACAGCAAGUUACCACCAUUAAUUGGAUGAGUUCCAAAACAACCGUUGCUGUUGUAGUGGCCCGCUCAGGCGCAUACCCCGAAGUCAUUGUGACCAACCAAAAUUAUAAACAACGAAUAAACGUCUCGAGUCAGAACUACAACCUGGAGAUCAGCAAUCUGAGGAUGGAAGAUGCAGCAAUUUACAAAGCUGACAUAAAUACAGACAACUCUGAAAAGGAGACACUCACCAGGACCUACAAACUUCAAGUUUAUCGUAGGCUUGGGAAGCUGAAAAUUACUCAGAGUUUAAUGACAUCUGCGAACAGUACCUGUAAUGUCACACUGACAUGCUCCGCGGAGAAAGAAGAAAACAAUGUGACAUACAGGUGGAGUCCCAUGGGGACAGAGGGCAGUGUUCUUCAAGUCUUCCAGACUCCUAACAACCAAGAGCUGACCUACACCUGUACAGCCUGGAACCCCGUCAGCAACAAUUCUGACUCCAUCUCUGCCCAGCAGCUCUGUGCAGAUAGCGCCAUGGGCCUCCAUAUGCGCCAUCCUGGGUGGCUGAGCGGACUGGCUGUGCUCUUUCUGGUUAUACUCAUCCUACCUGCAGUGCUUGUGUUCCUGUUUUACAAGAGAGGUUCCUCCUUCAAGACCCUCAAGGAUAAGAAGAAACCUGAUGCUGUCUCAAAGAACACAAUAUACACAUGUGUCACGGCCCCAAGAGCUCCUCAGCCAGCAGAGCUCAGAAUCUACGAUGAAAUCUCGCUGUCCAAGAUGGACAAAACCAUCAGCACUCAGGACAGCAAAUCUCCUGGGAUUCCAAGCUAUGAAUCUGUGAUCUAGGCUGCCAGACAGCAUUCUCUCCAUGGAAACUAAACUAUAACCACAGAUAACGGCAGACACCCUGGAUCCAGACUUUCUCUGCCCAGAUCUUUCCUGAAGAUUGCAGAUCGCCACCCCCCUAUAUGAAGAACAGGAAGCCCUCUGCUGCUGGACAUAGCUUGUGCUUAGAUAAACAGAUGGACAUGUGCCCUUUCUGAAAUGGGUGAAUUGCCUUCUGGAUAAAUAAGGCAAGUCCCUCAGCACAGUGCUCUCCAAUCUUCUUUACAUCACAGCACCUCUAGAAAAUAUUUUUAUGGCACAAUGACGUAAACAAUCAAGAUUGCUCAUGUCUGGAGGCUGCCUGCGUCUAGAUGCCUCUUGUGAUUACAGGUGACGAGCCUUCCCAGCAACUCCAAACAUAGAGAGGACCUGUAUUGUUUGGAGGAACUGUAAUAUGCCGUGGCACACCAGCCAGGAUGCUCUGCUUACACUCAAUAUGCGUGAGGAGACCUGGUUCAUGGCUUGGGAAAAUCAGGCAAAGGCCCCCUUUUUCCUUAAGGCAGAUGCAGCCCCUCACCCAAGUGCAUGGCUUGGUAAGUAGAGUGUGAGCUGCAUGCAUUUCAGCCUCUACUUGCCCCCUUUACCCAGGAACCUUUGUUCAUGUACAACUGUGGACCAUACAUGACCGUACAGCGUGAGAAGUCCUCAGAGUCUGGCUCUCAGCAGUGCAGACACGCUCCCCAAACAUUGUGUUGGAAAAUGCACUUUCUGUGGGGUUCUAGCGUGCUGGGGCAUUUUUCUUCAGGCCCUACUUCAAAAGUUUCCUAAGACUUUCUUUCCAGCCAAGCUUUCCUUCUGUAUCACUCUGUGAUGGUUAACUUCAUGUGUCAACUUGGCGGGGCCAGGGGUACACAGAUAUUUGGGUUAAACUUUACUCAAAUGCAUCCGUGAGGGUGUUUCCAGAUGAGAUUAACAUUUGAUUUUUGUAGACUAAGUAAAGCAGAUUAAUCCU